AUGUCUCGACAGUCAAGGACUUCUAAGUCUUCUGGUAACAAUUCCUUUAAUAACCGCAUUCACAAUUUUCGUAUCGGACUUUCUGAAUCCACAGAACGUCAACCGAACCCUCUUCGAAUUCCCUUUUUGGAAUAUCGAAUUGCCGACUUGACAUUGCAACUUUCUUCCGUUAUUCAGAAAAAUAAUGAUCUUACUCAAGAAAAUGAUAAUAUUCGUUCUGAA